AUGGAUAUUUUGUGGCAAUACCAGUUCAGAAUCAUCCUGCUCGGGGACUCCACCGUGGGCAAGUCGUCGCUGCUGAAGCGCUUUUCGGACGGUAUCUACAGCGAUGUGGCGGAUCCCACGGUCGGGGUCGAUUUCUACGCCCGCGCGAUGGACCUGGAGCCCGGGGUGAAGAUAAAGCUGCAGCUCUGGGACACGGCUGGCCAGGAGAGGUUCAGGUCCAUUACGACUUCAUAUUACCGCAAUUCUGUGGGCGGCCUGCUUGUUUUCGAUCUCACCAACCGCAAAACCUUUGAGCAUGUGAGGGAGUGGCACAAGGAGGUGAGUGAGCACAUCCUACCUCACCACAUGGUCUACAUCCUCGUCGGCCACAAGAGUGACCUCAACAAGGACCGCAAGGUGACCCGUGACGAGGCGGAGCAGCUGGCGGGCGACCUGGGCAUCCGCUACGUGGAGACCUCGGCCAAGUGCAACAGCAACGUGGACCGGGCCUUUGAGCUGCUGACCAGAGACAUCUACGAGCUGAUGAAGAUGGGUGAGAUCGUCACCCGCGAUGGAUGGGAUGGUGUGAAGAGCGGCCUCACCGCUAAGGUCCUCUACCCGGCCGAUGACGAAGAGGAACUGGCCAGGGCGUCCACUGAAAAGGGCUGCCACUGCUGA